AUGAAUUGGGCUUCAGCAGUCCAUGAAAUACCCUCACCAUUCCCGUCUAACUGCAUUCAAUCUCAGUUCCAUGUCCACCAGCAGUACCCCAUCGAAUACAGUAUCUUUGUUGGCGAUCUGGCUCCAGAGACGAGCGACUUGGAUCUUGUGGCCGUCUUUCGCAAUCCGGUCCUCGGUCUGCGUAAUGACCGUGAACCUAAAUUCAUUCGUCCUUUUCUCAGUUGUAAGAGCGCCAAAAUUAUGCUGGAUCCAAUCACUGGCGUAUCCAGAGGUUAUGGCUUCGUGAGGUUCACCGACGAGGCUGACCAACAACGUGCUCUCAUCGAGAUGCACGGUCUCUAUUGCUUAUCUAGGCCUAUGCGGGUAUCACCAGCCACCGCGAAAUUCAAGCCUCAUACUCCGGCCCCCAUAUCUACGCAAAUAUUCUCCUCGCCUUUCCAAGUCACCCCGCAGUCUUCUGCUAUUACCCUCACGCGACCUCUUUCAGGCAGUCGCCAUACCAAUACUAUCAGUAUCGCCAACGCUCCCAAUCAGCAUAAGAGCAUUUUCUCACCUAUUACUUCCUCCAGUCAUGCAGCUGUCGUACCUAAUAUCACUACGCCUUCAACGUUCAGUUUGUUAGACAAUAAUUCGGAUGGCUCGAGCAGCCCCGCGUCGGGCGCACGUUCAUCUCCAUCGAAUGGUAGUCUGGCAUCAACAGCCACCGUGUUCAGUGCAGGACCGGACGCAGAUGUCAAAUAUCUCACUCAACAGAAAUUCCCCUCAGACGAGAGUCCCACGUCACAAAUACCAGUGCACUCGUUCUCCACUCAUGGUCAUAGUACAUAUUCGUACAUUGCCCCCUCUACCGAAGUAUCCAGUGCCGCCAGGUAUAUGCUUUCAGGGGAAUCCUGGAAGCAUCACGCCGUUCAAACGCUUGGUAAUCUGAUUGGACCGAAUGGAGAGCAGUUGACGAGCACCGACCCGUAUAAUACUACCGUUUUUGUUGGGGGAUUGUCGCCCAUGAUCAACGAGGACAUAUUACGAACCGUCUUCGCUCCUUUCGGAGAUAUUCACUAUGUGAAAGUUCCAGUUGGGAAGAAUUGUGGGUUCGUGCAAUUUGUGAGGAAGGCUGACGCAGAGAAGGCGAUCAAAAGGAUGCAAGGGUUCCCGAUUGGCCCAAAUAGGAUGCGGUUGAGCUGGGGUAGGAGUCAAUACAAGGCAGCUCAAGCCGCCGCACACGCUGCCGCCUCGCGGUUACAAGGAACGUAUGGGCCUCCGUCGAAUUGCGCUGGUUAUGAUUACUCAGUUCCUCCUUCUCAUGCUCACCUUCAACCCCAAUCUUCCAUCGCGUUCAAUCAAGUCUCGUUCCAGAAUCGGCGGUCGAUUGAUUCAGAACCCCUCGCCAGCGUUUACGUGAAUAGUUUGACUCAGGAGCAAGUGGUACAGCCUCUGCAGAAGUCGACUAAUGGCGGUUAUAUUGACGUUCCGGCCGCUGCAGGCGAAAUGCAGCACGGUAGACAAAUGGAUGUCGGUUCACGCGGAUUCGGCAACAGUACCGAUUAUCACCAACAAACGCAACACUCUUCGAAAGCGAAGUCUACAACCCACUGGCAGCAGCAUGUCAACCAGGAGGGCUUGGCCUCCGUUCAACUUCACCUUCCCUCUCCACCCGGAAAAGGGUUAUACACUGAGGAGAAGCUACGCGUUGCUUAUUUGGCAUCAAGAGAGGACGUCGGAAGUAGUAGCCAGGCUCGGUACAACUCGAAUCAUACAGACCUUGGGGAUGUGUUUGAUCAUUCGUCGUUUCGGUACAAGCCUACCGCUGUUUCCGGUGGUUCAGUUGUUGGAGGGUCGUCCUUCUCCCCAUUUUCCCCCGGUCCGAACGGUGUCUCAACUCCUCUCAAUGGUGAUGACCCUCCUACAUCGCUUCAGAGGAGGGAGUCCGAUGUUUCGGCCGCAUUCCUUACAUUAUCCCCAACUACGGUACGGUCUAGCCUUCCAAGGUGCAGUGGCGUGAACGGGAUACCUCAGGGCGCGGUUCCUUUGCCAGUACCCACACAUAAUAGUGGUGGUAACAGGAGGAAUAAUGGCAAUGGCGUAGGACAGUACUACCAGCAAUGUCAUCACUAUAACCCAGACGACUCCUUCGACAAGAUGCAUGAUUUUAAUGUUCGGUGUCAGUGCCUGGAUUAUGAACAUCACUUCUCAGACCAGGAACGGGUUGAAGAGCCCCGCCACUGGCUCCGAAUCUGA